ACCCCAUUUCAUUUCUCAUCCUUCUUUAUCCCUCCAGUCGUACAUCACAUCACAAACAACAACACACACAUCACAAUGGCCCGAACCAAGCAAACCGCUCGAAAGUCUACCGGUGGUAAGGCUCCCCGAAAGCAGCUCGCCACCAAGGCCGCCCGAAAGCAGGCCCCUUCUCAGGUCUCUGGUGGUGUCAAGAAGCCCCACAGGUACAGGCCCGGUACCGUCGCUCUCCGAGAGAUCCGACGAUACCAGAAGUCUACCGAGCUCCUCAUCAGGAAGCUCCCCUUCCAGCGACUCGUCAGGGAGAUCGCCCAGGACUUCAAGACUGACCUCCGAUUCCAGUCUUCCGCCAUCGGUGCUCUCCAGGAGGCCUCUGAGGCUUACCUCGUUUCCCUGUUCGAGGACACCAACUUGGCCGCCAUCCACGCCAAGCGAGUCACCAUCCAGCCCAAGGAUCUCCAGCUCGCCCGUCGUCUCCGUGGCGAGAGGUCCUAAGCGACUUUUUCUCGACCACCCCUCUCUCUCUUUGAGAGCUUCGAUUCUUCUCUUCUCUUGUCUUUACGGCGCCACCUUCGUUAUAGCCACCCUUCGUUUUUCGCUGUGAUUAUUUUACAAGUUGAGACCUCUUUGCUUUGAGAAUAGGUUGCGUUAAUCAGACGACAUCCAUGUAUUCGGUUUCCUUAACCAA